UGUGAUUCAGUCAACUCUCGGCCUUUGUCAAGUUUGUUUUGUUGAUUUUCGGCUCGGUCUUUCAACACCUGGGUGGCAGUGCCAGAACUUGGUCUUGGUUGUUGUUGGGCUGUGGGCGAGCACCACCAGAAUGGCCGACGGAUCGAAUACACCAAGCAAGGAACCAGCUCAACGUCCUCCAGACCAGACCACCACCGGAAAUGCGGCUACCCGAUUCGGCUUGGAGGAUCACGAGGCUACUCAGCAGGAUGCCCGGGUGACAACACUGCGGCAAGCGGAAGAGCGACGUGGUUCCAUGGUGCCUCCCGAUAAGCGGGCGAUGUCCAUGAAGAUCUCGCAAGCGCGAAUAAACACUUUAAAGGAUCCGAAUCGGCCUGGCGCUUAUUCUGGUGAAGCGGCAACACCACCACCAAAGCCUUUGGUUAACAUUUCGUCGCGGAACUCUUUGGUGAGAGGUGUGGCGCCAGAUCUUCCACCCAAGCCUCAGCGCUCCUCCGAUACCGACGCCGAUAUUGAAUCUUCCGAUGUGGAUAAACAACCGAAAAAGAGGAAAUCGGAGAAACAAAUAAGUGAUACUUCAUCUUCGUCAUCGGAGGAAACACUGACGAAACAACCAGAGAAACCCGUUCCAACUGCUGCUCCAUCGGCGCCUCCUCCUCCGCAACCUCAGCUUCAAGAGAAGUCCAUUGACUUUGCGCCCAAGGAAGCUGAGCCCAUUGCCCCGCCGACGCAGAGACCGGAGGAUGUACCCUUGCCACCGCCCAUGAUGUCGUCCGUGCCGACUGAUGGCAGCCAAGACGAUGUGCAGAGCUUAAACAGCAAGUUGACCAACACCGACAUCACUUUUCACCCAUCCAAGGUAUUCGCCUCGAAGGGAACCAACACUUCCGGCAUGAUCUACUCCGACGAGGAAAAUGAGCAGGUGGAAGAGGAAUUCCCAAGGCUACCGGAUCAGUUCUCCGCCGGCGAUCUGGACACUUUGUUCCAACUGGCCUGUAGGGAGGUGAAGAAGGCUGGUGCCAUCGCUCUUGCGGAAAACGAAAAGAGCCAGGAGUACACCACCAAAAAGCACACGAACGACAUCGUCACUCCCACUGACAACAUUGUCGAGGAGACCUUCAUUAGGGCCAUCAGCUCACGGUAUCCCGAUCACCAGUUUAUUGCCGAAGAGAGAGUUUCAAAGUCGGAGACUGGUAUGGUGACCCUGACAGAUGACCCCACCUGGAUAAUCGAUCCCAUUGAUGGCACCAUGAACUAUGUCCACCACUUUCCAUACUACUGCAUCUCCGUGGCCUAUUUGGUAAAUCAGGAGACGCAGUUUGGUAUUAUCUAUAAUCCGCCCAUGAAGAAUAUGUACACGGCUCAACUGGGGAAGGGUGCUCAAAUGAACGGUGAGAUUAUUAGGACCACUGGCCAGAAGAACCUCUCCGCGGCCAUGGUUCUGCAGGAGUACAGUUCGGGCAGCAAUGAGGCGCGUAACCAGGUGGCCAUCGAGAAUGCUCAGCGACUGGUAAAGAAGACCCAUGCGCUGCGUUCCAUUGGAUCCUCCGCCAUGGGCUUGGCAAUGGUUGCCUCCGGAGUGGCGGAUGCCUAUUACAACUUUGGGUUGCACGUUUGGGAUAUGGCAGCAGGAGCUUUGAUAGUCAAGGAGGCUGGAGGAGUGGUGAUGGAUCCGGACGGAGAUGAACUGGAUAUAAUGUCCCGUCGCUGCCUCGCUGCCUCUUCUGGGUACCUUGCUCUCGAUUUGGGUAACUACCUCGAGCAGAAUUAUCCUUCUCCACGCGAUGACGAGCCGCGUUCCGUGAACCCGAAUGAGUACGGACCUGCUCCGGAAACCAGGGAUUUUACCAGCCAGACGGACUUCCCCGAUUCGGAUACACCAGAAACCACUGACACCGAAAUGGCCAGCGAAAAACCUGCGACGACUGCUAACUGACCACUAGGAAGGCUAGCUAAAAAUUGGAUUUUCAAAUUUUAGUUGUUUAAUAAACUGACAAUGCAUGGUUUUCCUAAGUUUUAAAA